UUCAGUUGAAUCAUGUGCUCCUGCAGCAAUAUGGCGGGACUGACACGAGCGGACAUGCAGAAAUAUGGCAGAAGUUCAUGUUGGAUCUCUGCUGUAUUUCUGCUGCUUGUGUGUCGAGUAAACGCUCAGACGGAGGUUAAUAACGUGCUGACGGUGGCCGAUGCGAACUGGACGCUCAUCCUGCAGGGCGAGUGGAUGAUCAAAUUUUAUGCACCUUGGUGUCCUGCGUGCCAACAUUUACAAGCAGACUGGGAGAAUCUAGGAAGACAAAGUGAAAGUCUGGGCAUAUCAGUGGGCAGGGUUGAUGUUACACAACAACCAGGUCUGAGUGGGAGGUUUCUGGUUACAACACUGCCGACUAUUUUUCACGCUAAGGAUGGAAAUUUCCGCAAAUACGUUUCAUCACGGACUAUUGAGGAUAUCCAAGCUUAUGUUGUGGACCAAAAGUGGGCGCUGGUUGAGCCGGUGCCAGGAUGGAAGUCACCAUCUUCUCUUCUGAUGUCAGGGAUGGCUAAUCUGUUUCGUCUCUCGGUGUGGAUCAGACAAAUCCACACGUACCUGACGAACACUCUCGGUAUUCCUUCCUGGGGUUCUUAUGUGAUAUUUGCCAUCAUCACACUCUUUAUGGGACUGAUACUCGGCCUGAUGCUGGUUCUGAUCGCUGACUGCAUUUGGCCAUCCAGACCAAAGCACAGAGAAGACAAAACAGUUGUGAUAGUGAAAGAGGAAGUGUCAGAGGAAGAGGUAGAGGACAUACUGACGGAGGAGAAACGCGCGUCUGACCUGGACAACGAGAGUGAGAGAGUGUCCGGUGACGAAUCGACCGAAGAGGAAGGGCCGCUGACAGACGGAGCAGCCAGUGGCAGUGAGCAGCCGGCGUCAGAGGGGGCAGCAGAGAGCUCAGUGAGGAAACGCAAACCACAGGAGCAGAACACGGCAGAGGGAACCUAAUGCGCCCGGGUCAACGGAUUGCAGUUGCCACCAAAUACAAGAGGAAGCUGCCAUAGCUGUAGGAUAUGCAAUGCAAAGCCAGCUACUGGCUGAUUUCUGCGCCAUUCGUCGUGCAGAACACGGUUUGCCCAUGUGUCGCCUUCCUCACAUUUACCUGCUUCACGCUGCAAUUUAAUACAUUUUAGUUUUUAAGACUAGUUGCUUGAAGUUAUGCUCAAAGUUGCCAAACAUUGACAGAUCUUCUUUAAAGGGAUAGAUGGCCAAAAAAUGAAACUUUUCUCAUCAUUUACUCAACCUUGUUGGUUGAUGGACCCCAUUGACUUGAAAAAAAAAUACUAUGAAAGUCAAUGGGGACAAUUUGGUUACAAACAUUGUUUAAAAUAUUUUCUUUCGUGUUCAGCGGAAGAAAGACAUUUAUAGAGGUUUGGAACAACUUGAGGGUGAAUAAAUGACAGAAUUUUCAUUUUUGGGUGAACUAUCCCUUUAAGAUUUUUUAUUUUCUAUAAACACCAAAAAUAUGAAUCAUUUUAAUGCUGAAGUUACGAUAAAAAAAAAAAAACAUGUUUACUAUGUAUUUGGAUGAAUCUCUCAAAAUCUGUCAAGAAAUAUCUGGCUCAUAUUUCACCUCAAAAUCAAAAGAAAAAAAAAUUAUUAAUGCUUUUGACAUGAUGAUCAAGCACAUAACGGUAGUAUUUGUUGUACUGCCUUUAUGCUGAUUUUAAUAAUUGUUUUAAUACGUUGUAUAACUCAUUUUAUAUUUGUGCUUCUCUAUAUCUUCUGCAGUAUCCUGUAAAGUAUUUUUUACAGUAAUGAAAAUUGAGAAUUACAGAACUCUAAACUAAAUUGUACUGAUGCAUUACAAUAAUGAAAAUUAUUGAUAUUAAUAUAUUGAGAGAGAUGCUUAAUUGUCACAAAAAUGCAAAACACCUUAAUGAUCUUAUAAAUAAAUAUUUUAAUUAUUAUUUUAGAGUGAAAUAUGAAGAACAUGUUCUUAUCAGGUUUAAUGACUCAUCCAUUACACUGUUGUUUUACCACAAUUCCUUAAUUAUUCUAUAUUUGCUGUAAUGAACGCUUUCAUGUUUCACAUUCCUGUGCCACAACUGAAUUCCUGCAUUUACAAUCCUGACUGUUUUCAGAAGGAAAGGAUCUUAAAGUAUGGUAAAUAUGAAGGGUAUUUUUGCACUAUUGCAUUCAUCCACACAUGAUGCAUAUAGUGUUGAGCAGCACAAUCUGUCCGUAAUCAUCGUUACAUAAACACAAGAGAUCAUCAGAAGGAUGUUUUGCGCACCAGGUCUCAGGAUAAGUAUUUCUCAAUGGUAAGAAGACGUUGUUUUGUACAGUGUAGAUUUGUAAUGUAUUCCCAGUAAUUGCAAAUGAAAUUGAUAAUUUGCACAAUAAAACAUUGACGAUGUCUUUGGUAUUAAAAUUGGUGCAGUCUUUGACUGGCGGCUCGAUGGUCAAUUGCCUUUCAUUUUUUAUACUAUUGACAGACUGUUUAAAUCUGUGUAGCAGAAUAAAUAUUGGUGAUUUUUGUAAGUGGUAACCAGCACAGAAACACACCAGCACAUCUGUAAACUGUUUCUGUGUCGUUUAUCCUAUGCUGAACAUCUUGUCAAUUUCAUUGUAUGGUGUGACAGAUUGUUAUAUUGUUCAUAUUGUGUAAUGUGUUUAACUGCUGGUUGUAUGUGUUCAUUAAAAAUUUUGACUUGA